UGUUGCCAACAUUUUGCUCUUCACAAUGGCCCUGUUGGCUGGAAGUGUUCAUCCAGAGGAAACAACGUAUAUUGUUCAUCUUGAGCAGCCAGAGACGGCUUUAACUACUUUGUAUGAUCGCAAGAAAUGGUACUCGUCGUUUGUACGCCAAGAAAAAGUUGUGAUGUAUGCUUACGAGAAUGUAUUCAAUGGAUUCGCUGCUCGGUUGACGGAAGCAGAAGUGGUAGCAAUGCGAGAGAUGCCAGGCUUUAUUGCGUCGUAUCCAGACACUCUCCUGCCAUUACAUACCUCGUAUUCCGCUCAAUUUAUGGGCCUCUCUACCAGUCAAGGACUGUGGCCGGCGACUGACUUCGGCAAGGGCGUUAUAAUUGGGGUGUUGGACACGGGCGUGUGGCCAGAGAGUCCUUCCUUCGACGACACCGGCAUGCCUUCCCCGCCGGCCAAGUGGAAGGGUAUGUGCGAAAGUGUCCCGGAUUUCAACUCAUCGAACUGUAACAACAAGCUAAUCGGAGCCAGAACUUUCCUCCAAGGCAGCGGAGAGCGUAAUCCAAGUCCUCGCGACGCAGAAGGUCACGGCAGUCAUACUUCAUCCACUGCCGCCGGUAGCCGCGUUGCCAAUGCGAGCCUCUUUGGAUAUGCCGCUGGAACGGCCAGGGGCAUGGCUUCGGGUGCUCAUGUAGCCAUGUAUAAGGUCUGUGGGGGCCUUUCGUGUCGGCAAUCAGAUGUUCUGGCAGGCAUGGACCAAGCCGUGGCCGACGGGGUCGACGUGUUAUCGCUCUCGAUUGAAUCAAAUACGAAGCCCUUGUACAUGAAUCCCACUGCCGUGGGUGCCUUCACUGCAAUACAGAAAGGCAUUUUCGUCAGCUGCUCCGCAGGCAACAGCGGGCCGGCUUUUUCUACUCUUUCAAACGAGGCACCCUGGAUCAUGACUGUCGGCGCGAGCACCAUGGACAGAAAUUUCGUCGCAAAUGUCCAACUGGGGGACGGGAGGGUUUUCUAUGGAGAAUCUCUGUACCCGGGUAACGGCCUUUCGGAAUCCCUGCCGCUUGUCCAUUUUACCACAGAGAGCGGAAACUUGUGUCUCAACGGGAGCUUGAGCUCCAGUGAUAUUGCCGGAAAGAUUGUGGUGUGUGAACAGGGCAACAAUGCGCGGCUGGCGAAGGGUGAAGUGGUUCGAGCAGCGGGAGGCGCAGGUAUGAUACUGGUCGCGGACAAUUCGUUUGGGGAGGCAACCAUAGCAGAUGCUCAUGUUUUGCCAGCAACCUUCGUCGGUUACAAAGAUGGACUAACGGUUAAAGCUUACGCCGCCUCAACCAAAGCACCGACUGCAGCCAUAAAUUUCCUGGGUACCCUGUUCGGCAGUUUAGAAGCGCCUGCUGUGGCAUCCUUUACGUCGAGGGGUCCGAGCUCUGUGAAUCCGGAGAUCCUGAAGCCGGACGUGAUUGGCCCUGGAGUUGAUGUCCUUGCAGCAUGGCCUUUCGACCUCAACCCCACGGGCCUCCCCGAGGACCACAGGCUGGUCAAGUUCAAUAUAGUUUCGGGGACCUCCAUGUCCUGUCCCCAUGUAAGCGGUCUCGCCGCUUUGAUCAAAGCAGCUCAUCCAGACUGGAGCCCGGCUGCCAUCAAAUCUGCCCUCAUGACUACGGCAGGCGUUAUCGAUAAGAACAGCCUGCCGAUCCUUGACAGUGCAACCAACACUACAGCAAACGUUUUCGCUACCGGAGCAGGACAUGUAAAUCCGGAAAAAGCAGCAAACCCAGGGCUUGUCUAUGACCUCACACCGGCCGACUACAUUCCUUACCUUUGCGGCCUAAACUACACGACUAGCCAGAUUCGGGUUAUCGUGGGUACAAGUGUGACUUGCCCUACUGACCCUGAAAGCACUCGCCCAGGAAAUUUAAAUUACCCGUCUUUCUCUGUUCUUUUCGACACAACAUUAGCGCCGGUCUCAACUUCCUUCAAGCGAACAGUAACUAAUGUUGGGUCGCCGGAAUCAACAUACACGGCUAGCAUCGAGGCGCCCCCUGGAGUGGAGGUUAAUGUUAGUCCGCCCGUUUUAAUCUUCACAGAAGUUAUGGAAAGGCAGAGUUACAACAUCACAUUCACGGUACCAACUCUAGCAGCGCAUUCAUUUGUCCAAGGUUCUCUUACAUGGGUUUCCAAUACCACCUCUCCUGUUUACCAGGUUAGAAGCCCCAUAUCAAUCAUCUGGUAUGAACUAUCAUAACAUUUUCAUUCUUGUAAGAAGCAUCGAUCCCAAUCCAAAUACCAUUGUCUAAAACCUGCUAGUUGC